CAAUGGCCAAUAAGGAAAUAUUUUCCAAACACAUCAAAUCAAAUGUCAAAUUAGCUACCCGGCUAGAUGCUGAGGGGCGUGAAGUGCAGGUGGAACGCCGUGAGGAUUCCGAUGCCACUGCCAAGGAAAAGGAAACCUUUGAUUUGUUAAUAAAUGCCGGUUAUUAUCGGGCCUGCAUAAAGGGUUUGUCGGCAUUUGAUAAGGUUGUGGGUGGCAUGACAUGGUGCAUCGAAUGCUGUGAUUAUGAUGUCGAUGUGGAUCUGCUGUUCCAUGAGAAUUUAACAAUUGGACAAAAAAUUUCCCUGGUGGAAAAAAUCGUUGCCGUUUUGCCUCAAAUGAAGUGUCCUUUUCGCAUAGAACCUCAUCAAAUACAAGGUUUAGAAUUUCUUAGUAUACAUCCAGUUAUACAAUGGUUGGUUAAGAAAUCGGUUGAAAAUCGAGCGGAACGUAAUAUGCGCCUAAAACAAUUCGCAAUUGGUCAAUUUCACAAUCAUUAUCAGUAUAAAAGUGAUAAACAAAAUUUGGAAAAAAUACGCAAGGCCUCAGUGCACAUUAAAAGAAUACAAGAAAUCUAUAAUCCCGUCCGCCAAUACCAACGUAAAGAGGCUACCGAGGAAGAUGAAAGAACAAAAGUACAAUUGACUCUAUUGGAAUAUGGUAACCUGCCAGUGUCAGUGCCUAGAGCGGAUAGUCAAGGAGAAAAUGCUGCGACUAAUGAGCAGCUUGAUAUUGAAAAGUUACUUAACAAUUUAGUACUCACAAAAGAGGAUAACACAGCAGGAUCACCUCAAAAAAUUGACAAUGCCACACGAUAUGCACUGCGAAAACAUUACAAAGAAUUUAAACAUGAAAUGGAAACGGAUGCUAAGGAAUUGACUGAGCAAAAUCAAAUUAAAUCAUUGGAAACAACACAAAUGGCCUUACAACAAAAACUGGAGCGUAACCAAAAGGAUGUGAAAGAUGUUAUGGAAUUGUUGCAGCGCGAAUGUGAAUUGCUGGAUAAAGAGAGAACACAAAAAGAGGAAAUGGAAGCGCAAAUAGAGGCAUAUAAGAAAAUUGAACAGACAGUGGAUGUGGGGUUAUUAGAAAAAGUCCAAAGUCUUCUGAAACAACACGACGAGCUGAAAAAGGAAGAAUCAGAGUUUAAGGAACACUGUCGAAAAGAUCUGGCUGCCCUGCAAGAACAAAUUGAGGAAUUGGAAGCCUUCAAUGCCCAAGAUCCCCAUGAGCGGGAACAAGCGGUGGCCAAAGAAAAGGAACGUAUACAAUUGUUAAAAUUACAGCUGGCUAAACGUAAUCGGGGUAUUUUGGCAAUACAACAACAAUUGGAUAAUACACCCGAUCGCACAGAAUUGGCACAAUAUCAGCGACGUUUUCAUGAAUUGUACAAUGAAAUGAGUUCCAAAUAUUUAGAAACCAAACAAUAUUAUACUCUCUUCAAUACUCUGAAUGACCAGAAACGUUAUAUGGAAAAGGAACUGUCACUGCUGAAUUCAAUAUGUGAAGCCUACAAUGAGGGCAUGUCCACACAGCAUGGGCGUGAAGAAUUCAUCCAGAAAUUCGAACAAAUUGUACAGGGUGUACGGCAAACAGAACAAAAGGUGAAAUUAAAAUAUCUCGAUGAGAAAAAACGACGCGAUGCAUUAAAUGAAGAGUUGCAGGCACUGCUAGAGCUGCAACGUCAAUAUGCUGCCGCUGUCAAACAAUUAACAAUCGAAUGUCAACGCUGUGAACAAUUACAACAACAUUUAAAGUCAAUUCGUAAAAAAUAG